UUCACUGUGACUCAGACAUCAGCUCCAACAUACGAGUUCUGAAGCAAGGUGGCUGACAUGGACAGAAUGCUUCAUUCUGGAAGGAAAUAAUGUUCCAGGUCAAACUGAGUCUACUAAACGUAGACCUUCACAAGGGUUCUAAAGGAAAUCUGGACGAGUCUUAUCAUGUGGUUUUUCUACGCCUUGAUUCUAUGUUUGCUCAGAGCCUGCCUGUCAACCUGUCUAUCUGCCUUGAUCCCAGAUGGAGUGGCCAUUCUGCCUGCCCCUUGGAACCUCUCUGUACAUUCAACCAACAUGAAACAUUUUAUGAUGUGGAGCCCAGUGAUUGUGCCUGGAGAAACAGUGUACUACUCUGUUGAGUACCAGGGGGAGUAUGAGAGACUGUACAUGAGUGACAUCUGGAUCCCCAGUAGCUGGUGCUCACUCACCGAGGGGACUGAAUGUGAUCUCACUGAUGAUAUCACAGCCACUGUACCAUACAGUCUCCGUGUCAGGGCCCUACUUGGCUCACAAACCUCAGCCUGGAGCACCCUGCCACACCUCUUCAACAGAAACUCAACCAUCCUCACCCCACCGUGGAUGGAGGUCACCAAGGAUGGCUUCCAUCUGGUUAUUGAGCUGGAAGAGCUGGGGCCCCAGUUUGAGUUCCUUGUGGCCUACUGGAGGAGGGAGUCUGGCACUAAGGAACAUAUCAAAGUGGUGAGGAGUGGGGGCAUUCCAGUGCAUCUGGUAACCAUGGAGCCAGGGGCUGCAUACUGUGUGAAAGCCCAGGCAGUCGUGAAGGCCAUUGGGAGGCACAGCGCCUUCAGCCAGGCAGAAUGCCUUGAAGUUCAAGAAGAGGCCCUUCCCCUGGUGCUGGCUCUGUUUGCAUUUGUUGGCUUCAUGCUGAUCCUUGUGGCUGUGCUGAUCUCCAUCUGGAAAAUGGGCCAGCUGCUCCGAUACUCCUGUUGCCCUGUAGUGGUUCUCCCAGACACCUUGCUUAUCAAUGUCCCUCUCAUCUGCCCCGCCCUUCUUACUCCGACUGAAUGGCUUACUGCUAUACCUAAAGAAAAUAACCAGUUCACCCCAGAAGUUAAUCAGCUGCAGAAAGGAAGAGGUGGAUGCCUGUGCCAUGACUGCUGUGCUGUCUUCUGAGGAACUCUUCAGGACCUGGAUCUAGCUUGACUUGGGAAGGGCCCAGAUGAAGUUGCCAACCUGGACUGCAUGACACAGAAACUACAGGGGACAGGUUGUGUUUGUUUUCUUCCAUGGACAAGGGUUAGUAGAAGAAGAACCUACUGUCUACAGAAGCAAAGUGGUUAAUUUGACAGAGCACAGAGCAGGGAUCAGAUGUGACCUCCAGACCUGCAGGUGCUGUUUUCCCACCUGAGUGACCCUAGGAAAAUGACUUUAUCCUGCUGGUGCUCAGUUUUCUCAUCUGUAAGGGGAAGAUUAACUACACACCUGUUAAGUAUACACACCCAGGCAAGUGCUGGGUGUAUAUGUGUGUAUGAUAUAAAGGACUAUAUGUGACACACACACACACACACACACACACUAUAUGUGACAUACACACACACACACGCACGCACGCACGCACGCACGCGCACACACACACAUAUCCAUACCCAGCAUUUGCAGGGCUGUAGAGAAAGUGGUGAUAUAGUAAGUGGUGAACAGUGUGACUGGUUCAGCUUUUUGGGAGAGCAGGACAUAAAUAUGAAAUAAUGACUAUCAAGGCCUCUGCACGCUGGUUGGCUUGGAAGUCCCACUUUCCGAGAGGAAACCUUGGUGAGGAAGGGAAGGAUGGAAGCAAUAGUGUUGAUUUCACUUCAAGCCAAAUGCCUGUGCAGAGGUAAAUGAAGGGCUCAGUAAGCUCUACAGUAGGUGACCUGGUGUAAAGUCCCAGUGUACAGAAAAUGGAACACGCGCAAACACGAUGGAUCAUGACACACUGUAAAGGUUGACUGUGUGUGGAUACUGAGACAGCAGCUGGACAUUGUAUGCAAUGAGAUGACAAUGCAGACAAUGCCUAUAACAAGUGACAUAUUUGCUGUGCUCCUUUUCCCUAUGGUGUCGCCAAAGGGCAGAAAGGGACCACCUUGGGUGAUAUUUCUUGUUCCUGCUCAAAAAUAGUCUUUAUUUAAAGUUCUAUAUAUUUAUAUUAUCAACCUUGAGUCCAGAGAGACCCCAAAGGACACCUGUGAUCAACCUUGAGAGGUUGAGAGAGACCCCAAAGGACACUUGUGAUCAGGGGUGUGGGGAUGAUCUCAGGUAGGGCCUGGAGCAGGGGUGGAGCAGUCUCAGUCCUAUGUGUAGUCCCUGGGAGCCCAGAACCAGAGGCUUCCUGGGCUGGGGGUAUCUGUGGCUGCCUUAGGACCCCAAGUAAGGCAGCUGGCAAAAGCUUGACUUGAUCCUGGGCCUUCCCUAGAGGCCCCACCCCACAGGGAGUUCCUAGGGACCUUCUUUUCCUCGAUAGCUCACUCAGGGUUAUCCUUAAGUCCCUCCUUUUGUUCAGUAGCAGCUAUCUCUGGCAGACUCUGUCUACCCUCUCCCCAGCCAGGGGAAGAAAAGGGCCAACAUGGAGGAGUGGAGGGAAGAGCUUCCUUGAGGCGUGAAGGGCUGGAUGAGCAGGGCCUGUGCCUUGCUUUGUAACUCCCCCCACAACCCCCAGCUCUGGAGCCCCUAAGUUGGUCUCUCUCCAUGCUCUUUUCCUGGGCCCCUUACAGCUACCCUAGUGGCGGGACAGUCUAACUGCUUCAACAGGUCUCAUGGCUCUUUUUGUACCUUGUGGGGUCUCUCCAGGAUAUGAAAUUACUGAAGAUUUUUUUGUUUGUAUCAUUUUGUAUGCUUCUGUAUUGUUUGACUCUUUUAUGAAGAUAGUGUCUUAAUUUUAUACUUGGUCUAAGCUGGAAACAUGUUUUCUGUUUGCAAAAAUAAAGACCAUGUUACUAUACUGGUCCUCACUUGCCUUCCUCCCUCUUCAUCUUGGGGGCACUAUCUAUCCCUCUGUCACCAGCUCAGGCCCUCAACAGAGAUAUGACCUUGACAUCCCUCUGUUUGAGUCUCU